AUGGUAAGGAUGAAGAAAGCCUCCAGACAUGUUGGGAAGAACACACUGGUGCUAAAGUCCAAGCCGUACAAGAGGACUCUUCCUCCAGCCAGAACCAUCAUGACCCGCAGCCAGUGUAUCACCCCCACCAGCUUCUUUCACAGGCUCCCAUUAGAGGUGUUUCACAUGAUCCUGGAUCAACUGUCGGUGCUGGAGAUCAGUGUGUUUAGCAUGGUGUCCAAAGAAAUCUCUAGAAGUGUCAUGGGCUACAUCUCCACCCUGGCCUGGCAGAAUAAAACGAUAAUCCAAAGCUUUCACCACUCCACCUGCCUUGAGCGGAGACCCAAUAUUGGAUACUACAGAAACCUGGGUUUAUUAUUCAAGAGAUGUACCCUGUUGCUGCCAACAAAGGAGAGGUUAAAGUUUAUCUUUAGCAAGUUUUCACGGAUGCCCUGCUUCAUGUUGGAGCAAUGUCUAGUUCCAGACUCCACUGGCUUUUGCAGCUAUGGUGUCUUCCUCCAGACAAUAAUUGCCGGGUGGGAUGAGAUGGAGUGCCACAGAGUGUUCAACUUCCUGUGUGACCUCACAAACCUGCUGCAAAAAAUUGAGGCAGUUAUCACUGCAAAACCAGGGGUGAGGUUGCAUCAGGAGCUGCAGCUCCGUCUUUUCUGCCGUCAGGUUCUGUUGGACCCAUGGCUGAACCAGCCGGAGUAUCUGUUCUGGCUAACCCAACUCCUGAAGCCUUGGCCCAUGGUCAACCAGGCACACUUACUGUUAAUCCUCUAUGGACCCCUGCUGCCUGAGGGCACUCUUAGUUGGCAGGAUCUGGUGGACAGGGCGCUGCCUCACGGCGCUCUGUGGGACCUGGCGAGGGCCAUCCUCAUGCUGUUUGGCAAAGGCCUGACAUCUGAUUCGAGGCUGGCAAUCCUGGAGGAGCUCAUUGCCAUUCCCCAGCCGUGGCACAUGGAGAACGUGGCUCGUCUCUUGGUGCUGUGUGGCAGCAGCCUCUGCUACACUGUCCUGGCCAGGAAGGCUCUCAAUGGACAACUCCUUGAGAUCUCCAGACUCAUCGUCUACAUCUUACUGGUGUGUGAGAAGGAUGGCUGUCACAUGAGGUGGGCGGUGAAAUUGGUACAGCAGAUCUGCAGGGUCUUCAGCACGGCUCCUGAAAGGUUCUGCUUCAUCCGACAACUGGAGAACAUGUUUUCAGAACUCACCAGGGAGUGCUUUGAGUUUUCUGUAGCAGGGAACCGCCUUGAAGACAGGGAGACUUUCCAGAACCUGUGUAUCCUCCUGGACUCCAGUGCUCACUUCCACACUAAAUUCCUCCACAUGUUCCUGAAAUAG